AUGUCUGGACGCAUUUCACCCGAUCAUUCUCGCUCGGCUUCGAGGUCGUCUCAAACACCACGACUAUCCCAGGGAGGUUAUGAGUCGAUGCCUCGCCAAUCCUUCGGUCGCACAUCGCGCGUCUCCAAUCCCAAUGUCUUCUCCGACGAGUACUCAUUAGAACCGAUGGAUGUCGACCAAAUCGAGCGCGCACACAGUCCGGUUUCCAUAGCCUCCUCGACCACCUUAACGCACCCUUCACAAAAGCACACUGGUGUCGCCGCCGCCGCUGCCCCUGAACAUGUCGACCCAUUCGCCGAUGACGCCCGGGUCUCCUUUGAAGAACCCUAUCGAUCUAGUUUACCACAGAAAGGAGCGUUUGCAAACAACCGCAACUCCGUCUCCUCUAUCAACAAUGCCCCCUUUGCUGUGCAAAGGAACCAGAGUGUUUCCUCUCGCUUCUCGAUACCCCGCGCCCUCAGCCCUUACACAGGCGCCACCAGCCCUAGCCAUCCAUACUCCAUGUACCCUCAAGUUGGUGUCAGUCGGACCCCAAGUGUAGGCAGUACAUCGACCAUCCGCCCGCAAGAACGUCCAAUGGGCGAAACAAACGGCCCUCAACACCCUUAUGGGAUGUACACUCAGAAUGUUGUUGAAGAAGGGAUGGAUGACGAAAUCCCCGUGGGGUUCCCAGGCAUCAACUCAUCAUAUCAGCCACCUCCUAGUCGUCGAAUCGAUGAUGUGGGUGACAUUAUUGGACCGGAUGGGCACACAGAACCGUUGCCUCCCUAUUCCCGCUAUCCGACAGGGGCCGUUCCUGGUGCUGAGACGAUGGCCGAUGGAACCAGUCCUCCUGUCGAUGUGAAUUUAGGACAAGACGAACAUCAGCUUAAUUCGACAUCAGUUAACUCGAGUUCAAGAGAGCCGCCUAUCUCGAGUACGUCUUCAAGGGUACUCAUCCCGGAGGGAACGGGGAACAGUGGUCAUUAUGUCGGACCGGCGGCAGCCGGUGCUACAGGCGCCGCAGCGACGACAGGCAUUAUGGAAUUUGAGGAGAAGCUCAAGCGCAAGGGGAAGCAAACUGCCUGCUGCGGUCUACCAGUUUGGACUCUUGUUCUCAUUGCUACUGUUAUGUUGAUUGGAGGGUCUAUUGGAGGUGUGAUUGGCGGUGUCCUUGGCACAAAAAGAGCCCAUGAGGCCGACCGACAGGCAGCAGACCACUCAUCAAACGGCCCGCAUAUUGUGACGGUGACUGCUUCAAAUGAGAUGGAUUAUUCGUCGGUGACAACCACACCAACCGGUUUUAAGCCGGCACCGACCGGUCAUUAUACUGUCGACACAAUAUUACAAAAUUAUUCUCGAAUGUGUGUUGAAAACCACGAUGUCAGGGCGGUUUGGAGUUGUCUUGACAAGCCAGAGGACUUUGAGAUUGUCAUUGGAGAUUCUGGCGAUCAACAAUCUAUUGUGUUCAGUAGCGACGCAGCUUCCACCACCACCACAUACUCCUAUGGGGCCCAACAGCCGGUCCUCCCUACUCCUACACAAAACCUGAGCAUUGUUGUGGAUAACAGCGAAACAAGCUUUGGCCCGGCUCUAUUCUUCUGGUCAUACUUUGAUAAACUUGUGAUUCUCCCCGAGGAUGCUAUCGAAGUGUCUUCUAAUUCGAAGCGUGAAAUUUCAACCGACAACAUGUCAGGUUUUAUGGAACGCAAACAGGCUGCCCAGCCUGGUGAAAAGCCGUGGUUCUGCUGGUGGAAUAGCACGAUGUUAGAGUUUUUCCUGUAUGUCAACCAAUCGGCAAAGGACACAUCAUUUCAAACCACUGCUGCUACUGGCGGCAAUCUUGCCGCAAGCAUGGCCACUGCUCAGGCUCAAAAGCGUGACGAGCUCACCAACUAUCCACGAAUCAUCAAGAUGGAAGAACGACGUGAUCACCAGGCUGCUUCAUCACCAUAUUGCCAACAGAUGCAAGUGGAUGCAAGUGGCCAUAUCCAAUCCAUUGCUCAUCAGACGUAUGCAGUUCAGGAGAUUGCACCUACCCCAACGACGACUUAUGUCAACACUGCUGCUGGUACUGAAUCAACGUACACUGCCAGAGCACAAUGGGCAACGCCAUGUUACUGUUUGUCAUUGAAUGGUUAA